AGUAUCGAGUCAGCUGGAAAACUGAGCUGAGUCCUCGAGAGAAAAACGUAAGGGAUGUGUGUGUGUUUGUGUGCCAAUCGCCCCCUUUAUCAUUCGCGAUAGAACGAGCCAUUAGGGAAAGCACAAGGACAUAUUAUUAGUUCGUACAGUGUAAAAGAUAAAAACAGUAAAAAUCUGAGAAAGGUCUGCUGCCACUGCCCUACAAAUGGUGUAGCAAGAUAUGGUGAACAGAUACGAAGUUGCAGAUCAUAUGGUGGUUCCCAACACAGCUUAUCAAACAGUUUCCGGUCAACUCUGCUACUUACUAUAACUUCAUGAGCAAAACCGUGAAGGCAACUUUUACGGAGCACAUCAAAAUCAAGAUACGCUGCGCGCGUGUGUGUGAGAGAGAGUGUGUGUGCGUGCGUGCGUUGACAGAAUCGGUGUUCUCUCUGGCGCUUGGGUUUGAUCCUUGUUGUUCAUACGGCGUUGAGUCACACUGUUUCACCCUCGUACGCUUCGUCGCGUUUCGCCCUACCGGCCGUCCGUGCAGCGCACACCGAGCAAAUGGAUAACGACAGUGAUCAAAACAAUCGCGACCGUUCGAGACGUGGCGAUCGACGCAGCGGGGCCGGAUCGCGAUUCAGCAACGACCGCGAUCGAAGCCGCGAUCGAGAACGUAGCGACUGUCGGCGCAUCUACGUGUCGAACGUACCGUACGAGUACCGGUGGCAGGAUCUGAAGGAUCUGUUCCGCAAGGAGGUCGGCGAUGUGUCGUUCGUUGAGCUGUUCCACGAUGAAAACAAUAAGCCCCGGGGGUGCGGCAUUGUCGAGUUCGAAAAGCCGGAACACGUGCAGAUGGCACUGGAGAAGAUGAAUCGCUACGACAUUAACGGCCGCAAUCUGGUUAUCAAGGAGGACUACGGUAACGAACGGGACAAGUACGGACGCGUGGUGCCGAAAUCAUUCCGCGGCAACGACAACAACAACCGCCGUCGGGACCGAGACGACGAUCGAAUGUCCGGACCAUCGCACGGUGGUAGCGGUGGUGGUGGUGGAGGCGGCGGCGGCGGCGGUGGCGGUGGCGGUGGUGGCGGCGGUAUUGUCGGUGGCGGUGGCAAUGUAGGUGGCGGUGUGCUCGGCGGUGGCAAUCUCGGUGGCGUCAGUGUCGGUGUCGGUGGUAAUGAUUUCUCCCAGGACUACAAUACGUACGGUCUGAGCGUGAAGUUCUUGGAAGGGUUAGGCAUUCAAGGGCCGUUGCAUACGAAGAUCUUCGUCGCGAAUCUUGACUACAAAGUCGAUGCGAAGAAGCUGAAGCAGGUGUUUAAGUUAGCUGGCAAAAUCCAAAGUCUCGAUCUGUCCGUUGACAAGGAUGGGAACAGCCGCGGCUUCGCCGUGAUUGAGUAUGACCAUCCGGUCGAGGCGGUGCAGGCCAUCUCGAUGUUUGACCGGCAGAUGCUGUUCGACCGUCGCAUGACCGUCCGGCUUGAUCGGCUGACGGAAAAGAGCGAGAUGAGCCGGCUGCCCGAGGGCCUCAAGGGCAUCGGUAUCGGGUUGGGUCCUAACGGUGAGCCGCUCAAGGACGUGGCGCGCAAUCUGCCCUCGCUGCAGCAGCAAAACACGGCCAUGCAAAGUGCAACGCUGGCCAAUGCGGCCCCGACGCCCGUGCAGCCGCCGCUGACGGCGAGCAAUCUGCUCAACUCGGCCGCCACCAGCAGCCUGUCCGGGUUGAACUCGAACCUGGCGGCGCAGCUCAGCAACGUGGUCGGCCUGUCGAAUCUGACCGGCGGGCUGCAAAGUUCGCUCCUGUCGAACGCGGCCGCCGGUCUGUCCAAUCUGAGCGGGCUCGGCGGGCUGGGUGCGGCUGCGGCAGCGGCGGCCGGUGGCGUCGGUGGCGGCUUGGGCGGUGCCGGUGGUGGGUUGGGCGGUGGUCUCGGCAACAGCCUGUCCAGCGCGCUCAGCGGUCUCGGCGGGGCCGGCAAUGACGGUGGGCUGGGCUCUAGCUUCAACCAAAGCUACUCGUCCGGCUUCGGUAACGGUGGGUCGAAUCGGGGCAACGACUACGACAUGGGUUCGUCCAACGUUCGCAACUACAGCACGGCACCGAACGAUGACUACGGUCGCAACUACGGCGGCAUCAACAAUGGCAACCGCAAGAUGUCCGACACGAUCAUCAUUCGCAAUAUGCCGUCUUCCUGGACUUGGCAAACGCUGCGCGAUAAGUUCCGUGACGUUGGGGAGGUGAAGUUUGCCGAAAUCAGAGGACAGGACACCGGUGUCGUUCGUUUCGCCAAGGAACGGGACGCCGAUGUUGCCAUUAAACUAAUGGACGGGACGCGCUUUGAAGGACGAACGGUGGAUGUGACUUUCUUUUAAAUUAGAGAUUGCCGUUGAUCUCUUGAUUUCGUUCCCAUACAUACAAACACACAGACACACUCCGUAGCGUCGUGGUUCGUCCAGUGUGGAGCGGCAAAGUUCUUGGCUCCGCUUUCACUUUCUUCGUGUUAUAGUUUCCAUUCGUUUCCGGUUGUUCCCGGUGUACUCUACAGUCCAAACUUCAAGAAGAAAAAAAAGUUCGGAAUACCCGCUACGGGUUGGGUGUGUGUGUGUGAUGUCGUUUCAAAUUGGAGACAAACGCAAGAUUACGAUUACGCUCAUCUUAGUCUAAUAGGACUUAUUUUACCAUCAGACAUUCGGAUUGGGAGAAUGGAUUGCUGUGGGCCUAACCAUGCAUAAUACCACAAGCAGGCGUUGUUUGCUUGAGGUCGUCAACCUCAAUAGCUGUCGACUUUUAACCGCCGGUUCCUCCUCCGUAGCUCUGUUAGUAGUCAGUAAGCCCGCCAAGCCAGUAAGACAAACACGUGUGUGCUCAUGAAGGCGCUCGUAGAUUGGCAACUAGCAGCAACGUAUAGCAAUACCCCGCCGUUACGAUUCUUUUCACCCAAAAGCAUAUUAUGUCUGGCAUUUAAAUCGCUCCGUUAGCAAACCUCCAGCAGAGCAUCUACAGUAUAUAUUGCAAACUCUUUCGUUUCACUUACCACUGCGUCGACUGUAGAGAGUAGAUUGUAUUGCAGUCUUGCGGAAUGAACUUCCCUCGUUCGCCCAGGGGCAGCAGCUUUCGUGCACGGGUACGAUCCAAGAAGUUUGCACCACCUGUGUGCUUAAAUUUGUGUAUUCGAUUUUGAACCAUUCCUCCAAGUGUUUGAAUUUGCUAGAAGGAACAAUAUUGUUUGAUUUCGCUAAACACUCGCCGUCACUGUACGUUGUCGAUUGGAUUUCCCUCUCUCUCUCUAUCUUUCAGUAAUGGACUCUUUAGACAUAUGCAUACUGUAUUUUCGUAUUCGCUCAGACAUGUUUUAUAGCCGUAAGAAUUUCAGCAAAUGUGAACAAAAUGCGUCUCUCCU